AUUGUUAUCUCUGGAGAAACAGGUUGUGGCAAGACCACACAAAUUCCGCAGUUUAUAUUAGAAUCCGAGAUUGAAGCAAACCGUGGAGCUUUUUGCAGUAUCAUAUGUACUCAGCCAAGGAGAAUAUCUGCUAUGUCUGUAUCGGAGAGGGUUGCUUACGAGAGAGGAGAGCAGUUGGGUGAAUCCGUUGGAUAUAAAGUUCGAUUGGAAGGUGUUAGAGGAAGAGAUACCCGCCUACUCUUCUGCACCACAGGCAUUUUGUUGAGACGGUUGUUGGUAGAUAGAAAUUUAAGAGGUGUUACUCAUGUUAUCGUGGAUGAAAUUCAUGAGCGUGGAAUGAAUGAAGAUUUCCUUCUUAUCAUUCUUAAGGAGCUCCUAUCUCGUCGCCCAGAGCUUAAGCUGGUUCUGAUGAGUGCAACUUUAGAUGCUGAGCUUUUUUCGUCAUACUUUGGUGGGGCAGGUGUCAUUCACAUCCCAGGAUUUACAUAUCCAGUCCGCAGCCAUUUCCUAGAGGAUAUUCUGGAGAUGACCAGGUAUAGAAUGACUCCAUACAAUCAAAUUGAUGAUUAUGGUCAAGAAAGAAUGUGGAAGAUGAACAAACAGAUCCCAAAAAAACGCAAGAGCCAAAUUGCCUUUGUCGUUGAGGACGCACUGAGAGCUGCUGACUUCAAGGAGUUUAGCCCUGAGACUCAAGAGUCUUUAUCUUGUUGGAAUCCUGAUUGCAUUGGUUUUAAUCUCAUAGAAUUUCUCCUUUGCGAUAUAUGUGAGAAUGAGGGUCCUGGUGGUAUUUUAGUUUUUAUGACUGGGUGGGAUGAUAUCAGCGCUCUGAAAGAAAAACUGCAGAUUCAUCCAAUCUUUGGCAACCCAGAUCGGGUUAUGUUGCUUGCCUGCCAUGGUUCUAUGGCAAGUUUUGAGCAGAGGUUAAUAUUUGAAGAACCUGCAAGUGGAGUAAGAAAGAUAAUUCUGGCCACCAAUAUCGCAGAAACGAGCAUCACGAUUAAUGAUGUUGCUUUUGUCAUCGACUGUGGAAAGGCAAAAGAGACCUCCUAUGAUGCAUUAAACAAUACUCCCUGUUUGCUUCCUUCUUGGAUUUCCAAGGUUUCAGCUCAGCAGGUAUUUUUAGUUUGUUAGAGUUGAUACCUUUUG